AUGAAAAUCCAUAUGAUGACUCAUACCGAUGUGAAAUCGCACGGUUGUUGCAUGGUUGUUCGACAUGCAAGAAAUGUUUCAGAAAAAAGCAGAAUUUGCAAAGACACACAACAAUACAUGACAAAAAUAGGCCAAUCUUCAGUUGUACUGCCAUAUACAGAAAACUUGCAAUUACGAAAUCCGUUGCUAAGUCACUCAAUCGGAGAGCUAACGCAAAGCACUCAAGACGACAGCUUUUCAUUUCUAAGGAAUUUAUUUCAGCAACUUUGUGAAACACAAAUUUGUAUAACACAUUUAAAAUGGAAAACAUCUUUGAUACUCCUUUAA